AUGCCAGUCAACCUUGACACCCACUUCCGCAGGGGUCAUCCCGUCGUAUUCACGCUUUUGAUCAUCUUUAGCAUCAUAGAGCUCGCCAUUUCCGGCUGGCUUGUCGCCCGGUUUAACUCGCACCAUAACUUCAUGAGCAUCUCCGUCCGCGAUCGCACACGCUUUCUUCUAUUCUGCUCCGCUUGGACUAUCCUGCUGUCUUCUCUCUAUGCCGGGUUCUUCUGGCUGUCCGCUUCCGUGUUCACGAGCGUUCUAAGCCAUCUGAUCUUCCUCUUUGUAACGUGGGUCCUAUGGCUUGCUGGAGCGGCGAGUAUCACAGCUGCACUCGGCGGUGGACUUGACUGCGGGAAUCAUUUCACGUACUGUGGUCAGUUAAAUGCGCUAGAAGCGUUCGCAUGGAUCAUAUGGGUUCUCACGUUUUUCGCCUUCUUUUCCGUAAUUUUGCGUGCUGUCUCAGCAUCCAGACGCGGGGAUGGCAUGGGCGGGCAGCUCGUCCCGUAG